AUGGCUCAAGUGGUUAGUGUGAAUUUACUGACCGGAAGAUCCGUGGUUCGAAUCAGACCUCUGCCUUUCAACUUCCCCUGUCUAGGCUUUGGCAACCUGACAGUAUCUCAGCCCUUCCAAGGUAACAUCCAGCUCUUGGUUUCAACGACGUGGCUCAAGUGGCUAGAGAGCGAAUUUACUGACCGGAAGGUCUGUGGUUCGAACCCGACCUUCGUUUCUCGAUUUCCCUGUCUAGACUUGGGCGACCUGGCAGUAUCCCAGCCCUCGUGCUUCCUUCGGGUAGCAUGGCAGCUGGGCACCGGAAUGGUGUUACGGCUGGACGAUUUUUUCAGUGGUUUACUUAUUGCCAAGGCUCGUGAACUAUAUAAAAGACUGACUCCUACUCUCCUACAAAUCAGAGACUAUGAUGAUGAUGGCUUGCGGACGCCAAUUUCACUUUUAACCACAUACCAAACUCUGUUAGCACUAGUUGGCUACAAAAAUGGAAUUUCAGUAUACGGUGCCAGGCGAUUACACCUCUGGGUACAUACGCUGCUUGGCUAG